UGCACAAAUAGCAUCUUUGCAGAAAACAUAUUAGCAUGAUGAUUCACUUGCAUUAGUGUUCUUCUGUUAAAUUUUAACUGUUAUUGUGAACUUGUUAAUUUGCUAAUUGUUCUUGUGUUGUUGUUCUGUUGUUCUUCUGUUAUCUUUAAUUUUUUUUUUGUUUUUGUUGUGAUUUUCUGUUCUUGGUUUAAGCUGUUCUUUGGUUUGGGUAUUCUUCACUUUCCUCUACAAUACAAAUGGCGAAUGGUAUCACGCACGAGCCUUCUCCUUCCAUGCUCGUGUACCGGUUUAACGCCUUACUUCCAAAGCGCCAAGGCUACCUCAAGGCUUUCUCUACCGAAGAAAUUGUUCGGACGUAUGGGCUAUUGUUGUCAGAACUCACCUCCACUGUGAAUCCCAUCAUUACCGAUCUCACUAUCAUUGCCGGCCAGCAGACGAAACACGCCAAGGGCAUCGCCGAUGCCAUUUGCAACCGGAUUCUUGAGGUGCCUGCUGAUAAAAAACUUCCUUCUCUCUAUCUUCUGGACAGUAUUGUGAAGAAUUUUGGCCAGGAAUAUGUUAAACACUUCUCUUUACGUCUACCUCAAGUUUACUGCGAAGCAUACAGGCAGGUCCAGCCCAAUCUGCAUUCUGUUCUGCAACGUCUCUUUGGUACCUGGUCAAAGAUCUUCCCUCCCUCUGUCCUAAGCAAUAUUGAAGCUCAAUUGCAAUCUUCACCAGCAGUUAAUAAUCAACAACCCUUUGCUAAUCACCUUGGGGCAUAUGAUUUUCGUAGACCGAUUCUUGGGGCACAUGUUAUUAAACCACAAUCCUUGCAGCAGAUGGAACACUCUAGUUCAAUUAUGGAUAAUGUUGGUGGUGAUAGGUUGGACUCAACGGGAACUGUAGGUAAUACAAGAGAAGGAGGGUUGGAUGAAUGGCAGCAAAAGAGAUUUUCUAGUGAUGGUUGGAACAUAUUUCAAACUUCUAAGACUUGUAAUCUCAAUGAUGAACAACAACGUCAAAGUCCAAGAGCUCUUAUUGAGGCAUAUGGUUGUGACAAAGGCCAUGAAAUUCCUAGUACUAAGCUUUUGUUGGUGGAGCAGCAUCCUGGCAGAAAUGGUUUAGGGAGCAAGUUUCCAUUGGCAUCAUGGCAGGACACUGAAGAAGAGGAGUUUGAUUGGAAAGAUAUGAAUCCAGGAUUAGUAGACUGUAGUAGAAACAGCAGUUCUAUGCAAUCAAGUGUUAGAUUCUCCAGGAAAAGGAAGUUAUCUAAUGAUCUAUCUAAUUCUUCACAGUACCCCUUCAAUAUGGGGGCUGCUCCCCCUGCUUUCAAUGCUCAUGCUACUCGUCCUUCCGGCUUGAAUCCAGCAUUUCCAUUGCAAAAACGUCCUAGGAGUCUGUUUGAACCAAUAAACGUUAAUAAUAACACCAAUGUGGGUCAUGGUCCAAAUAGAACUCUGUUUAUGCAUGACCAGUUGCCUAAUCAACCUGGACCAAUUUCCUCUAACCUGCAAAAUCAUGGACAAGCACCUCAACUACAGUUUCUUCCACCUCAAGUUCCAUCUUCAACACAAAUUAGUCAUGGGAGCUCUUUGCAAGGACAUGGUGCCUCAAUAAGUAUGCCCAUCUCAAAUCCAUUACCUGAUAUGCAGGGCCAAAGUUUGCAUUUACAUGGGGGAACCUUGCCACCUUUACGUCCAAGCCUCCCAACUGCUCCAUCACAAAUAAUGUCUCAUCCCCAUGGCGAUGAUUCGGUGACAAGUCAACCACCACCUGCAUAUCUUGAUUUGAUUAGUUCACUAGUGAACCACGGUGUGAUCUCGGUAACCAAUCCACCCACCGGACUGGAUUCCAUUGGGACGGAGUUCGAUCCAGAUAUCUUGAAGGUUCGUCAUGAAGGUGUAAUCAGUGCCUUAUACGGUGAUCUUCCUAGACAAUGCACGAGCUGCGGUCUCCGAUUCAAAAGGCAAGAUGAACACAGUAGACAUAUGGAUUGGCAUGUGACUAGGAACCGAAUGUCAAAAAGCCGGAAGCAGAAGGGGUCUCAAAAGUGGUUUGCAAGUGGGAGCCUGUGGCUAAGUGGUGCAGAGGCUUCGGGAAAGGAAUCGAUUCCGGGGUCGUUGGUUCCCGAGGAGACAGGGGAAAUGAAAGCCAUGGACAGACAUCAACUAGGGCCCAUUGUUCAUUCCAAAUGCAGAUCUGACUCUGACUCUACUAUGCCUUCAACCAACAGUGAAGCUACCAAGAGAGUAGUAAGAGAAAAAGAAUGCGGGUCGACCAAACAUCAGUUUUGUGCACCCUUAAUUAGGACUUACUAAUACUUUUUAGGGUAUAGUUGCGCUAGUAGUGUUCCCAAUUUCUUGCCGUCAAAUACUGUUAGUUGCUGUUGCUAGUUCUCUAUUAUUGUUCCGGUGGGAGACCCCGCUGUAGAUUUCAUUUAUCAGUAAAAUCACAUUCACAUUACAUUACUGUAUCAUUUAAUUCAUUGAAUUUAAUAAAACCCUGCGUUCCAACAA